GAUUAUAAGACCCUCUCUCUUUCUCUCUCCUCUCUCUCUCUCUCUCAUCAAACUCAGCCAUGAAGAAGCUAUACCGGAAGGGCACGGUCCACCCAUCGCCGCCAAUCAUUUCUGACCACCUGGCGUUCCUCCCCGCCACCAUCCUGACCCUCACGGCGGCGCUAUCGCCGGAGGACAGGGAGGUCCUGGCUUAUCUAAUCUCCUUCAGCGCCUCCAACAGCCCGGGAGGAACCACGGCUUCCUCGCGCCGAGCCGCCGCCGCCGUCGCCCCGAAAGGGGGCGCAAAAGGCGGCUCUUGCUCUGGUUCAUCUUCCGCCUCCGGAGACCACCCUCCCCAGUUCAACUGCGACUGCUUCAGGUGCUACACCAGCUACUGGGUCCGGUGGGGGUCGUCGCCAAAUCGGGAGCUGAUUCACGAAAUCAUCGACGCCUUCGAGGACGAGUUGUUGCUCUCCAGGACCAAAGGCGCCGCCAAGACCACGAAAAGGGAGAGAAGGAAGCAAAGAAAUGGUGGUGGUAAUAUCGGUAAUGGUGUUAAUACUGGGUCGGGUGAGUUGAAACGGUCCGAGUUGAGUUCGGGAAAGGACGAGCCGGCGGGCGAGUCGGAAUCGGUGCAAGGUCAUGAAGGUGGCGGCGGUGGUGAAGGUGAUGAGGAAGAGGUUUUGUCAUCGGAGAAAGGAUCGGUGAGAAGGUUUGUGAGUUUUAUUGGGGAAAGGAUUUGGGGGGUUUUGGGCUGAGAGAGAAAGAAAUGAAUCAGAGAGGUGAGGUUAAAAUUAACUAGUUUUUCUUUUUAUUUCUUCUUCUUCAUCAUGAUCUUCCACAAGGUCG